AGGGCUCCAGCUGCGGUUUGGUGCCAGCUGUGAAACUGACGAGGGAGCGGGAAGCGGGGCUCGCUCCCUGUCUGGGGAGGAGGCUGCGAGCAGGCGUGCGAGCCCAAGUGUGUUUAAAAAGCAAAGAGCCAGUCCCACCCCCGCCCCGCCCCCGCCCGGGUAGCUCUGCUCCCGGCUGGCUCCGAGUCUAGCGCGCUGCGAGCCCAGCGCUGGCCGGGGCACCGCCAGAGGAGCGGGCAGAGGGGCACAUGCGGCUUCGGUGGUAGGGCGAGCAGCCCGAAAUAAACCAGACCCAGGCAGAACAAAGCUCUGUCACAACUGUGCUUCCUGGUUGUCGCCUCCUGCCUGCAAACCACUGAAUAUUUUCCACUUGAUAUCAUCAUGCAGAAAGGGAGAAACGAGACGCAAUGAGAGAUUCAGAUACCAAAAGAUUAAAGUCAGAUGCUCAUCUACAAACUUCCUAACCAUUGUCCUUCACUGGUGAGAUAAAAGGAAGAAGUCGUGGAAAGAGAGGAACUACACCAGGCUUCAGAUUUUGGACUAUACGGCAAGACUCUGUAAGAUACUCGGUGUUUUCUCCAUUAGGGCUACAAUGGAGACACUGUCCCAGGACUCUCUGCUGGAAUGUCAGAUUUGUUUCAAUUAUUACAGCCCCCGACGGAGGCCCAAGUUGCUGGACUGUAAGCAUACCUGCUGUUCUGUUUGCCUUCAGCAGAUGAGGACAAGCCAGAAGGACCUGAGAUGUCCCUGGUGCCGAGGUAUCACUAAACUGCCACCGGGAUUUUCUGUAUCCCAGCUGCCUGAUGACCCAGAGGUGAUUGCUGUGAUUGCAAUUCCCCAUACUUCAGAGCACACCCCAGUCUUCAUCAAACUUCCUAGCAAUGGGUGCUACAUGUUGCCCUUGCCCAUCUCCAAGGAGAGAGCGCUGUUGCCAGGAGACAUUGGCUGUCGCCUCCUGCCAGGUAGUCAGCAAAAGUCUGUCACUGUGAUGACAAUCCCAACCGAGCAGCAGCCCCUGCAAGGAGGGAUCCCGCAGGAAGUCGGAGAGGAGGAGCAAGACAGGAGGGGCGUUGUGAAAAGCUCCACCUGGUCAGGUGUUUGCACUGUGAUCUUGGUGGCGUGCGUCUUGGUCUUUCUCCUUGGUAUUGUUCUCCACAAUAUGUCUUGCAUUUCCAAGCGUUUCACUGUGAUUUCCUGUGGCUGAAAAGGGUCUGUUCCCAGAAUACUCCGAUGGGAUAAUUAUGGGGUUGGGAAGGUGGUGGUGGUGAUGACAGGCUCGAGUGAGAUGAUGCACUGCAACAUUGACCAAUUACUACAGAACGCUUGACACCGGACAGCUGUUUGACAGUCUAAAGGCAGUCCUAAAAGGCGAAACGUGAGACCUCUCAGCAGAGUACAGAGAAAAUCAUAAUGAGCAUCUGAUGGUAACUGCAUUGAGGAAAACUGCAUGUGUCACCAUCCUCAUUGAUCAAAAGGACUGUAACUUCUAAUGAUUUUUAUCAUGUUAUGAGACUAAAGACAUCUACUUAGCUGGUUAUACUGUAAAAGUAUAUGAUAUGAUCACUCUGUCUUUAAAUGCAGUAGAUUAAAAUCAAAAUGCUAUAUGUAUACGUAGAAUUAAACAUGAGAAUCAGUGUAAGACUCAGUAAAAAUAGUCCAAUGCCAGUCCAUACAUAUUUUUUUUUAAUGGGGGGUGAAAGGGAACUGUAAAAAAAAAUAAUUUAGUUAGUAAGGCUUUUUAUAUAUUUUAAAUUGCACAUUAAUUAAAAUAAGUUAGAAAGUUGCAUAAUAGUUUUUAAAAGGAAACAUUUUACAAGCGGUUUGUGUUUUGUAUCUGAUGUGUGUUUUGUCAUAUACUUUCAUUUUGUUUCCACCUGUAGUGAAGUGUCCUUUCCAAGUGUUUUGUUAAAGCAAGAUCCAAGCAGAGGAGCAAUAAAGUGAACAAAUAGGGCUACCUAAAAGUGCAGCCAAAGCCCUGCGGUGUAAGCCCUGUCAUGAAGUAUGGCUUUGAAGUGUAAACACUGGACAUGCUGUUUCACCUCAGGCAGGCUUCUCAAGGCUCUGGUCUCCUUGGGGAUUAGUGAAGAGAUGGGUCAUAGAAGUGCUGGACAUGCUUCCUACAAGGACUGGAUAGCAAAUUGAUUUUUAGAAUAUGGGACCAGCCUUGCCUCCAUGUUCAGUCAUAUUUGCAGCUGUGUCAUUAUUGACACUACCUUGAUGGAUGCCUAGAUGAUGGAACAGAAAUUGAGGUCUCAUUGUGCCAAGCAUUGUACAAAUAUCAUCUCAAAGGGUUCAUGCUCUACAUAGAUAAGACAGACCAAUGAUGGGAAACAGGUUGAGCAGGGAAAGGGACUUGCCCAAGGUCACAGAUCAGGUCAGUGGCAGGACUAAGAACAGAACCCAGGGCUCUUGAGUCCAAGACUAGUGCUUGAUCCACUGGACCAUGCUGCCUCUCCUAACCCCCUGGCGUCACACUGGUGUAAAACCUGUGUGAGAUCAUAAGCAGGCCCUGUGCCUCCUUUCAGUGAUAUAAACCUUGCUACUCUUAGGGCCAAAUAUGAAACUUCCAAAAGGAAAUGAUAUAUUUAUUACUGCAUGUUGACAGUACAAAGCCCAUGUGACUGCAAUUCAUUGCUCAUAAAGGGCCAGAUAAGGAUACUUAUGCUAACACCUCACUUAGCAAGACAGUUCAUCACCUUUUGUGGGACUUCUUGUGGAGUAAGGUAUUCAGCAUAAGUAAGGGUAUCAGAAUCUGGCUGAAAGUCUGGAUUUGUUUGAUUUUUUUUUUUUAAGGGUCAGAGUAGGAUUUGUGGUAGAAAAAAACUAUUGGUUUGCCUGAUUUGUAUUGCUAGUAUGAAGAAUGAACAAUUACACAGUUGUAAGCACAGUGAACAAUGACCUCUAAUCUAUUACUAAUAUGCUUUCUAAUAGUUAAUUUGAGAUGAUUCAACCCUAUGUAAUAACACUGGAGAACCUUGUUCCAACUGAGUUAGGCGCAUAAAGGAAGUCAGUGGUGUUGCACCAGUGCAACGGAGGAAAAAUUGGUUCAUUAUGAACAUCAUUCUCAUUUGAAAAUAAAAUACAGAGCACAUAUCUUCCUUAGUGCUAGAUUCUCUCUUCUCUCUCUCUCCCCCCCCACUUUAUGUCUGUUCUCUAAAGAAUGGCAUAUAUAUGCUUGAUUGUUAAAUUAUAUAUGUAAGGUUACGCGUGAAGAUAAAGCUCUGGGUGCACUGUGCCUGCUUUUAUCUACUGUCAUUUGUGAGGGCAUAACAAAGAAAAUACCCCAGAGGUGACACAUUUGUUACCUCCUUUUAUCCACUAAGAAAAGCACAUGCAGAACCAUAUGCAAUAUGCAGAGAACCUGGUUUACAAACGCUUCUUAUAAACAUUAUGCACCUGGACAUCAGUUGACCGUGGGGUGUAAUAGGAAGGAAUAUUAAUUCCAAACGCAUGCCGUAUUAAAAUUGUUAAUCUGUGUCAUCGUCUUGUGAGGAAAACUGUAUUUACAUCCAUGUUACAUGCUAGCAUGUAAUGGAGCUGUAGCCGGCUAAUAUUUCUGCCUUCAUAAGACUCCAUGCUAGAAUGCAGUUAAAGGACAUACUGCUCUACUGCCUCGCCCCUUGUAAUCAUGUACCCUCGCAGCACGUGAGGGGGGGUGUGGGCGUGAAAUGCUACCAGAUCAGAAUGGCGGUGCUUGACACUGAUUUUGCACUCACUGAGCACAAGUGUAAAUGGCUAGACAAGAUGCAAGACAGUGGAGUAGAAGGCCCUGUGAGUACAAUACUAAUAAUAUUAACAUUGGAAUGACCAUAAAAUGCCUAACUGAAGCUCUUGACAAAGCAGGUUCUCUUGAUCUUUUCAAAUAAUGUCUCUCAUAAAAAGUGCUGGUUUUCCUUCCCCACACGAAGAGUGUAGUUGGAAGGAUAAACCAGAAAUUAGGUUAAAAUGCUACACUGCAUAACACAUUUCAUAACAGGCAAAUAUGGGGUUUAAUCUGGUAUUAAUGAUGUAGGCAUCAUCUGACUAGAACACCAUACUGUAUUACUUAACACAGUGCAUUGUUUGGUUAGUGUGAGUUUCUUGUGCUAUUCAGAGCCUGCUGAAAUGCAUGGCUGACCUAAUUUCUGAUUCUGAUAUUUGCCUGUUUUACAGUUUUUGUGUGAGUGCAAUAAAUAAAGCCUCAAGAUUU